ACACAAAGCACCUGCUGCUGUUCUCCAGCCUCCGACACGCACGAGACCUUUUAACACCCGUCUGCACCUCUUGGAGAGUGUUAACUGACUGCUGCUGCCUCUUUACACAUCUGAACUUCAGACAGCGAGGAUGAUGAUGGAUUCCUUCAUGUGCAAGGCUCUGACUUUAGUCGUCAUCUGCAUGUAUCUGCAAGAGGGUUGUGGACACCCCUUAUCAGACCGGGCAGAGCUGCCAGCUCAUGCUCCACAUUCACAACAUGUCAGGACCAAACGCUGCUCCUGUAACAGCUGGGAUGAUAAAGAAUGCAUCUACUUCUGCCACUUGGAUAUUAUCUGGGUCAACACGCCGAGUAAACUCCUUCCAUACGGUCUGGGAAGUCCCCUGUCUCGCCGCCGCCGUUCAGCCGACCGUUGCAGAUGCCUCAACCCAGCCGAUAUAACUUGUUCCAGCUUCUGUCAUAAAAGAUCUCAGAACCCAGGGACUGAUGUCGUGGGCCCAUUGGGAAAAUCUGAAAACAUCAACAGCGACAAAUUGCUUGCAUCUUACAGAUCUGUGGUCAAGUCCAACGCGGCCAUCGCAAAAGAGGUUCUCUCAACAAACAAGAAAGCGGUUCGAGUCAACAGGCUCAAGAGCCGAACGAGGAGGUAGAAGACUUAACGAAAAUAAAACCAGAGGUGGUUCAAUCACUGUGGGUUCAACCCCACGGUCAGGAGACUCCUCCGGCGUCCAGAGUCUUACCAACUCUGGGAAUGCAGAGAUGGAAAGGUGGUUGGCACGGGAAUCACGCAACUGAUCAACAAAACAGCGCUUUUGAAGACUGGCAGCUUCCCAAGAUAGAAGCCCUGAGGCAGGAGCGAUGUUGGGUGGAGACGUUAAGAGUUAUUUUUUGAACUCUCCUUGAACUUUUCUGAACUUAAUAACAGUCUGCAUGCCAAGGACGGAAGUUUCUAAGAAAGGAAACCCAGGGAACCGACUUCGAGACUAGUGGACGACCACAUCAAGAAAUGUUACAUUGAUCAAUCAGUGACCAGUUGUUUGGUUUCUAUGGACAAAGCUCUGGUUUCGACUCGUCUUUAAGGACAGUUUCACACCCGAAACUCGCCCCCAAUAUGAGGAUUAUAGGAUCAUUACAUAUUCCAGAGUCAUAUAAACUCUGUAGUUAGUUGGGAAUGUUUUGUCCAUGUUUACUC